AUGACACUUCCUCUUAAUGAACAGAGGGGACCAACGGAGCUGACAACGGAUGAAACGGUGUCACAAUUAUCAGUCAUCCAAACCAGUUCUAUUAUUAAUCUAGAUGAUGAUAAAAAUUGCGAAGUAUCAUUCGAAAAUAUCAUGAUUUUAUCAUCUGAGCAUUUUAUCCAAGAUGAAUUGGAAAACGACGACGAAGUUGUACAGAAAUCGACAGAACCUGUUAACGUCGUCAUUGACGAAAAUGAAGAGAAAAAGCUUAGUUAUUUUGAGCGCUCAAUGCUUAAUUAUCAACGGUUAAUUUGGGAUAAAUUAGAAAAUGUAACUACCACCCUAGUGAAUG